CACACCGACAGAAGGUCGAGUGGUGCACGACGGUAGCUCGCGACAGGCACGUGUUUCUCACAAUCGCUCCUCCAUCGGCAGCGUCAAAGGCUAAGGACUCCUUCCGCCGCUGCGAAAGGAUUGUUUCAAGGGCGGCUUGGUCUUCCAGCACCACAGGCGCCCUCCUGCAUGCCGGGAACAGUGCCAGCCAUUCCCAGACAGUGAUUAACAGAAGGACUCGGUGCAGCCUCGGCAGUUAUGUAACAGCUGACCGCCGGCAGAAUGACGGUGUGUGGGGGACAGUGACCGAGUGGCAGUGCCGGACACAGUGCCAAGGUGCCAUCAUGGGCGGCCUCCUCGGGCGUCUGUGGGCGGCAGUGACGAGGAGGAAAAACUUUGAACUCCCCUCUCCUGGCCUACAACCUCUCCUGACCCCAACUGACCUCACCUUUAUCGGCGUGAGCAUCGCUGUGGGCGUGGGUGGCUUCCUGCUGGUGGGUGUGGCAUCAGCGGAGUGGGCGGGCCCCUCAGUGGUCCUCUCUGCCCUGCUCGCCUCCGCCACCGCCAUCGUGACAGGGGCAGUGUGCGGGGAGCUGGGGCAGCGAACCCCUGCGGGCAGCGUGGUGACACAUGUUUAUGUGUCGCUCGGGGAGCUACCGGCGGUGCUGGUGGCCGCCUCGCUGCUGCUUGACCUGGUGUUGCUGCCUGCCCUUGCUGCGCGGGGCGGCAGUGAGUACGUAGCAGCGGCGGCUAACUUCUCUGUGCGAGACGCCCUAGGAGGCCUGGCGCUGCCUCGACCCCUGCGGGACUCUGAUUACCUGGCACCGCAGCCUGACCUGCUGGCGGCAGCGCUGGCACUGGUGGCCACCAUGACUGCCGUACUGGGCACCAAGGUGGCGUGUCGGGCGGGCGUGGUGGGCGUGGCGGCAUCACUCGCAGCACUGGUGACGGCUGCCGUGACGGCCCUGGUUGGCGCCGACCCGCGACACUGGACGGGUGUACAGGGCUUUCUGCCCCGCGGACUGCACGGAGUGGUGAGCGGCGCCGCGGUGCUGAGCAUCGGCAUGGGGGGCGCCCAUCUGGCGGGUCUGAUGGCAGGGGAGUGCAACCGCUACCAGUGUUCAGCUCAGCGAGUGGGCGUGGUCGUGGGCGUGCUGGCCUUCCUGGUGCUGCUGCCCACAGCUCUCUCCGCCACCCUAGCCUCCCCCGCUCUCGCGCCCUCCGCCACCUUCAUCCACCUCUUCCCGGGAGCUUCCUUGAUAGGUGUGAAGGUUCUCGUGGGCGUGGGCAGCGUGGCCGGUCUGUGGGCGGGCAUGGUGGGCGCGCUAUUGGCGGGCUCCCGCCUAGCCUACGGCCUUGGCCGCGACGGCCUAGCACCUGCAAUGCUGGAGAGAAUCUCGCCCUUCACCGCCACGCCCUGGACAGCCAUCCUCUGUUGCGGCGGCGGUGCCACCCUCGCUGCCAUGCUCUGUUCCUCGUGGCUGCUGCGUCACGCGGCUGGCGCCGGUGGCCUAAGUGCGGGCGUUGCCGGAGCAGCAGCUCUCCUAGCUCGCAGAUUCCGGCCAGAGGCGCCACGCAGGCCCCCCGAGGCCCCAACGUGGACUCCGUCAGCCGUGCCCUCCUCCCACAGCUGUCACAACUUUGACGAGCUGACGGAGGCACCUCCCGUCGUCUUGGACGAGGACGCACCACGCCAGGUGGCCGUGGAGUGGCGAAGUGGGUCGUGGUCCUCGACGCUAGAGCCGCCCAUCCCGCCCACGUGGCUGUCUUGGCGAACUUCUCGGUUCCUGAUGGUGACUUUCAUGGUGGACUGUGUGGUGGGGGCGGGUGUGGUGCGAGGUGCGAAAGAGUUGGGUCUUGGGGUGUGGGCGUGGGCAGGUGUCGUUCUGUGUGUGGGAGGCUGUGUGGUGUGCGGGGUUGGGUUGUGGCUUCAGCCAAGAAACCCUUCCCCGAGACGGGACCAGCGGGACACCACGCCCUUCUUACCUCUACUCGCCUUGCUGGCCAACCUACUGCUGCUGUUGCACCUGCCGGGCCCUGCCUUGGCCGCGGCGGGCGGCGUGUGGGCCACCGCGGCGGCCACCUGGCUGGUGAAGGGCCGCACCAGCAGUACCGAGGCUGUGCUACGGAGGGCACUUCUCACCCACAGCGGACAUGCCUGUGCUGCGGAUCUUCUGUAAAUCCACCACAGCAGGGCGUGUCACGUACUACGCCGCUACCACGCGGCUGGUGGGGCGGCGGAAUCAUCGCGAAAAACUUGCUUCCAGGCCACACCAGUUUGCCCCGGAGUGAAAUACUUCUGCUAGCAUCAUGAACUGACCACGGUGACGCUGAGUGUGUGGCUGAUUAUCAUAGAUUGUCUGUGCUGUGUGUGUACAUAGGAAUGAAGGUGUUUGUACUGG